AUGCAUUUCCACAAGCAACAACACAACAUCUUCUACGUUUGCUUGUCGAGCCGCAGCCUUCAAGACGCCAUUCUGAAUGAUUACGAUUUGGCUUGGGCGCCCCCUGUCGUUUCAAAGAAUAUCUCAACGUCGAACGCGGAGUUGCGCACGCGGUCACCGGAGGCUCGCAAGGCGGAGUUUUGCUACACGUUAAAUAUAAUUACAAUCAUAUGUAAGUACACUAUCAUAGCUGAAAUAUAUGUGUUUGAGAAUAAAACAAAGUCAUUGGAUAAAGAAAGAGCUGAUGGGAGAUUCAGAGACAGACUGAAGCUGGAUGUUCAGAGCGUUUCUCUCAUCAUCACACACAUCAGAAUCACAGACUCUGGACUUUAUCACAUCACCAUCAGAGGACAAGAGAAGCCGCUCAAGAGAUUCAACAUUACUGUAUAUACUCGUCUUCCUGUUCCUGUCAUCACUAGAGACUCUCUGCAAAACUCUUCUUCAUCUUUAGAGUCAAAUUGUUCAGUGUUGUGUUCAGUGAUGAAUGUGUCACAUGUGAGUCUCUCCUGGUACAAAGGAAAGAGUUUAUUGUCCAACAUCAGUGUGUCUGAACACAGUAACAUCAACAUCUCUCUUCAUCUGGAGUGUCUGGAUGAUUCUUACGGUUGUGUGCUGAACAAUCCCAUCACAAACCAGACUCAACACCUCAACACUGAAGACUGUCACAAGUGUUCAGGUACAUCAGCUGUUUAUUCUCGGAUCCACACAUAGUAAGUAAAACAGAUCAUAUACAUUAAGACGUUAUUUUUGAGAGAUUGUGAUGAAUCAUAAUUCAGCGGUUCCAAAUCCAUCCAAACAAUCCUUCUGCUGUUGUGGUUUUACUGAAGCUGUGAUCCGAUUGGUCGUCUCUCCCCUGGUGGGUGUGGCUACUCUUGCUGUUCAGGGGCCCGUUCUUCGUACGUCGCUUAUUACAUCCGAGAUCAAAUGACACAUCCAAGAUAAUAUCAUCGUGCUAAUCAUGAUCCGGCUAAUUGGGUUCUUCGAACACACCUGCCGCUUAUGAUUAGUAUCGCUGGAUUGAGUUAUCUGAGAUAAAUGCGCGUUCUUGCGCUUGUUUAAAAGGGGAUAUGUAUCGAUAGUAGAAACAAUGAUCAGCAACGCUGCUAUUGGCUGCUCAUCAUGACAAAAGAGCGCGCUCAGUUUUUCAACGCAGCAGAGCAAGAAUUAUUACUGGAAGGGUUUGCUUACAGUAAUAAUUUGAAAAAAUAAUUAAAACGCCAGGAGAGAGGUCUGGCAAAAAGUAGCAGACAAAUUAAAUGCGUAAGUGUUCCAUGUUAUGGUUAUAUCACUUACUAUUACAGUAUAUAGUCUUAUUUUAAUAAUUUCAUAUAUAUUUCAAUUUCCGUAAAUAAUUUGUUGCUGCGUUAAAUUAUGUCUAUAUUCCAAAUGGCUUGUACAGUCAUUUCGACAAAUAGAUAUUGAGUCAAUUUCUUUGACUUGUGAAGGUGAAAGCUGUAUAACUAAUGUCAUUUUUUUGCAAUUUGAUAUUGAUCAUAUUUUCUCCUUGUGUAUUGUAAUGCCAUUGAGUUCUCCUCUUUUGUGUAGUUUUGCAUAAUACACCAACACUUUUAUCUGUUCCCAGGAAAGUGGUGUCUGAAAUAUGUACAGUGAGUGGACAUUUCUAACUUUACAUCAAAAGGAAAGAAAGUGCACUUUGUAAUACCCAUUUUUCUUUUGCACAGGCCAGUGAAGAAACCCCCUCAGAUGUUUGUCCUUUGGAGGAAUUACUUGUAAGUGCACAAAUAACUUUAUGUAAUUUAUAGGUGUGGACACAUUAUUUCUGACUGCAAUAUGAGUUGCAGGAGGAAACGCCUACAGCACAGAGGUGGGCAGUCUACUUUUCCUUUUUCUGUUGCAUGAGGCUUGUUGAGUUUUUUUUUUUUUAAUGGCACAGGGGGAUAUCCGUACCCUAUAUAAACGGAAUCUUCAAUAUAAAAUUGAGUAUUUUGCUCUUAAAAAAAACAAAAUUAAGGGAAGAAAUUGAACUUGACACCUUAAAGAAGAAAAAACUGGCACUAGAGAUUGAGUUGCCUCAAAAUAAUCUUCUCAGUAAGUGCUUAAACACUAUUUUUCACAAAGAGUACUAUU